AUGGUAAAUAAAACAGCUGAUAGCAAUACAUUUAACACAUUUGGAGAACAAUCAUUAAAUAAUAAAAAAUAUAAGAGAAAAUUAUCAUGUUUCAAAUGGCUUGCGAUAAUUGCAGUAAUAGUUUCAGGAAUACUUUGUUUGCUUGUAAUAGCAUUAGCUUUAGUUGUUGGAGUGAAAAUAAAUCAAAACAAAAAUGAAUGUAAUAAUACAAUUACUAAUAAUAAUUGUAGUGAUACUUCAAGAAGAACUACAACUGAAGAGAUUGUUUUUACAACAACCCCUAAAAGUAAUGAAGAUUUAGAAUUUGAUUGGCCAAAACCAAGUGGAAGUUUAUUUGCUCGUUAUAAAAAAGCUGCUGUUACUUCUGAUAAUGGAUUAUGUAGUGAAAUUGGUAGAGAUAUUUUAUUAAAAGGUGGAAAUGCUGUUGAUUCAGCUAUAGCUACAUUACUUUGUAUAGGUGUUGUAAAUCCUCAAUCAUCAGGAUUAGGUGGUGGAUUUAUAAUGACAAUAUAUGAUAGUAAAUUAAAAAAAUGUAUUUCAUUAGAUGCAAGAGAAAUGGCUCCUAGUGAGGCAAAAGAAAAUAUGUUUGUAAAAAAACCAUUAGACAGUUUUGUUGGAUGGAAAUCAAUUGGUGUUCCAGGUGAACUUCAUGGUUUAUGGACUGCAUAUACAAAAUAUGGUAGUGGAAAAGUUAAUUGGACAACAUUAUUUGAACCAUCAAUAGCAUUAGCUAAAGAUGGUUUUCCUGUUACAGCACAUUUAGCAGUAAGUUUACAAAAAAAGAAAACAUAUAUUAUGGAUGAUGAUGAUAUGAAAAAAAUGUUUACUAAUAAAAAAACAGGAAGAUUAUAUGAAGAGGGUGAUUUUUUGAAAAGACCUCUUCUUGCAAAUACACUUUUAAGUUUAGCAACAGCUGAAAAUCCUGUUGAUUUAUUUUAUAAUCAAGGAAUAGCACAAACCAUUUCUGAAGAAAUUAAAGAAAAUGGUGGAUAUGUUUCAAAAGAAGAUUUAGGAAAAUAUGAAACAGUUAUUUAUGAUACACCAAUUGAGGUUGAUGGAUUACCUGGUGGUUUAACUAUGUGUGGACCACCACCACCAUCAUCAUUUUUAAUUACUCAAGCUAUUGUUAUGGUUAUGAACAAAUUUUAUAAUCAACCAAAUCUUAAUAAUUUAAAUGAUCCACUUUUUUAUCAUCGUCUUAUUGAAAUAGAAAAGUUUGCCUAUUCUCAAAGAACUAAAUUAGGUGAUAAGGCAUUUGUAUCAUCUAUGAGUGAUUUAAUUCAAAAUUUAACUGAUCCAUCGUAUUAUAAUAAUGUUUAUGAAUCUGUAAAAAAUAUCUCUCAACCAAUAGAAUAUUAUUCACCAUCACGUUCUAUACAAGCACCUGAUCAUGGAACAUCUCAUAUCACAAUAAUAGAUAGUGAUGGAAAUGGUGUUAGUUGUACAUCAACAGUAAACCAACUUCUUGGUUCUGUUCGUGCUUCACCAACACUAGGAAUUAUUUGGAAUGAUCAAAUGGAUGAUUUUUCAUCACCUGGUUUGACAAAUAGUUUUGGAUAUACUCCAUCAUCAUCAAAUUUUAUAAAAGCUGGAAAAAGACCAAUGUCUUCAGCAUCACCAACAAUCAUUUAUCAUAAAGAAUCUGGUGAAAUUAAAAUGAGUGUUGGUGCUUCUGGUGGUUCAUAUAUUAUAUCAGCAACAGCACAAGUAAUCAUAAGAAGUAUUUUAUUUAAUCAAACUGUUAAAGAAGCUGUUGAUGCUCCAAGAUUCCAUCAUCAAUAUUUGCCUUAUGUUACAGAAUAUGAAUUAUUUACUCCUAAUAAUUUAAUAAAAAUUCUUGAAAAUAAUUAUAAACAAAAUAUGACAGGAAAAGAAAAAUUAUCUAGUGCUGUUCAAAUUCUUGAGAAAAAUGAUAAUGGUUAUAUAUAUGGAAACAGUGAUUUUAGAAGAGAAAUAGCAACCUAUCCAACUGGAUAUUAA